AUGCCGCGGUCAGUUGCCACGUCAGCUCCGCGCUUUCCCGCAUUUCUCUCCCGCCCUCCCCUCCCGCUCAUCAUCGGCGCGCUUUUCGCGCUGCUGCUCCUAGGGUUGUUCCUCUCUUCGCCGCCCACGCCGUCGCUACCGACAAGCGUUCCCGCCCAUGACAGGCUGGCGAACUUCCACCCUAUCAGCGAGGUGCGGUGGGCCAUCAUCGGGUGUGGCGAUGUGACAGAGAAGAAGUCCGGCCCGGCGCUCGCCCUCAUCCCCUCGUCUCGCCUCGUGGCUGUCAUGCGCCGCAACGCCACCCUGGCUCAGGACUACGCGCAGCGCCACCACGUGCCCAGGUGGUCAACAAACGCAGAGGAGACAAUCAACGACGCCGAUGUGAACGCUGUGUACAUCGCCACUCCCCACCGAUACCACAAGCAAUAUGCCAUCAUGGCAGCGCGGGCAGGGAAGCCAGCCUACGUGGAGAAGCCAAUGGGAAUGAGCCACUUGGACAGCUCUGACAUCCUCGCUGCCUUCCAGCGCGCCAAGCUGCCUCUCUUUGUCGCCUACUACCGCCGCGCCCUGCCCAACUUCCUCAGGGUGUGUGGUAUACCACCGGCCGCCCAACAAGGCCGACCUCCUAACCCACCCAACCCUGCCAACCCCCCCUCUCUGCAGGUCAAGGCCCUAUUGGAAUCUGGGGCGAUAGGGGACAUCCUGUCCGUGCAGGUGGUAUACCACCGGCCGCCCAACAAGUACGACUACCAGUGGGCGACCAGCGGGGUCCCGAGUCAGAAAGAGCUGCAGACGAUGCUGCAGCAACAGCAGCAGCAGCAACAGCAGCAGCAGCAACAGCAGCAGGGGGGAGGGGGACGGAACGAGGAGGGGAGUGGAGCAAGGGAGCAACAGCAGAGGCGGUACCCGUACCGCCCGCUACCCCAGCACCACCCGGCAGGGGCGUCACUCCACAACGCCUCUCUCAAGUGGCGCGUGGAUCCGCUUGUGGGCGGGCUGGGAGGGUACUUCCGAGACAAGGGCAGCCACCAGCUGGACCUGCUGGACUUCUGGUUCGGGCCCGUGGUGGCAGUCUCUGGUUGGUCCACCAAUCUUGCAGGCCUCUACCCGUCUCCUGAUACAGUCACAGCCUACUUCAGAUUUGCCAAUGGAAUCGUCGGCACGGGCAGCUGGAAUUUCGCAGCAGGCAAGUCCAGCCAGCAGGAGUACGGCGAGAUCACGGGCAGCUCGGGCAGAAUAAAGUUCCAGUUUUUCCUGUCCAAUAAGGUGGAGCUGUGGAACGACACGGGGCACUAUGAGUGGGAUGACCCGAGCCCAGAGCACGUGCAACAGCCAUUGCUGGCGACAGUAGUGUCGGCUCUUAGAGGACAGGGGGAGUGUCCGAGUGCAGCAGAUCUGGAGGUGGAUUACGAUUCGUCCGUUCUUGCCACGUCACCGUUUCAUCGUGUCGCCGGCGGCGUACCCGCACAGACAGGGGUGCUUGCCGCCUUGUCGUGCUUCAGCGGCAAUGGCAAUGGCGCAUCAUGCGCAUCGGCGGAGGAGAACGAGAGGGUGAACGAGGAGGAGGCGCCAAGAGAAGAGGGGAGGGAAGGCGCGAGGGAGAGUGAGAGAGACGAUAGGAGUGAUCUCGAUUCGGCGGAGGGGGCGGAGUGGGCGGAGGGAGCGGAGGAGGCGAAGCAGGCGGAGUGGGCGGCGGAGGGCGCGGAGGGGGCGGAAGAGACGGGGUGGGCGGAGUGGGCGGCGGAGGGGGCGGAAGGGGCGGAGGGGGCGGAGGGGGCGGAGGAGGCGGAGUGGGCGGGAAGUGCCGAGGGGAAUGCGUCUGAGGAUGGCGGGCAUAAAUUCCGCGGAUGGGAGUAUGAGGCGGAGAUGGCUAUUCUGGCGGAAUCGAUAGCGGAAGAGAGGAUCGCGGAAAAGGGGUUCGCGGAAGGGGCGGAAGGGCCGGAAGGGCACCAUCGGCGGGAGUCGUGGGCGUCGAGUGUGGAGUGGUUCGUGUCGUGGCCGCUCAGACGACUCAGCCACCCGUGGCGCAAGCUUCUCUCCUGUGGUCACAACCUCCCCUCUCUCUCUCCCCAACCCCCCCCUCCCACCUUCCAGCGGCUGCUGUGGAUGUGGGUGGUGCUAGCAGCGGCCAUCCUGUCGCUGGUGUUUGCAGUGGCGUGGCAGCACGCGCAGGCAACUGAGAGGGACGACCUGGAGGGGCACUGUGACGAGUGGGGGGCGUUUAUUGAAGCCAAGUUCAACAUCACUGCUGCUAACACACGCUCCAUUUCCGAUUUCAUCCGCGCCUAUUACCUCGAUAACGUGAAGGAGGACAUACUUGAUGUGCCCAAAUUCCAACGCUUCACUCAGGCCACUCUCGACAGCCGACCCAUGGCGUCAUUCGUGGGCUUCAUUCUGCUCAUCAACAACACGUUCGUUCGGGACAUAGUGGAGAAAAGCGCCCACCACUGCAUCUUCGCCCCCGAGCCCAACGGCACGCUAACCUGCCGCCCGCGCGACCUGCCGCUGUACGCACCGAUUGUCAUCUUCAACUCUCGCAAGGAGUUCACUGCGCGCGUGAACCUCUCUGCAGUCUGUUGCAAUGACCUUAUGUCAGAACCGGCUUUUAACGACACGUUCCACCGGGCCAUCGACUCUGCAUCCUCUGCCAUGUCUCCGCCCUUCAUGCGCGGCGACUACCCCUACCACUUCGUUGGAGAUGCCUUCCCAGUCUACUCCAACCUCACCACCUUCGCCCUGCCUCCCUCGCCCUCCAAUCCGUCCGUCGCCAUUCCCCCGCUCGCCACCCCUGCGGACCUCCCACUGGGGUUGUCAUCGCGGGACACAUCUACGACUGCCACCACCUCCCUGUCCCACUACAUGAGCUUUGCGCCUCCCCCACCCUCUCGCUACCCCCAACACCCCUCCUCCCCACCCACCAAACCCUCCAUCUCGCUACAAGCUCAUAUUCCUUCCCCCGCACGCCCCCCUCGCUCCCCCUCUCCCCCUCCCACCUCUCCCCCUCCCACCUCUCGCCCUCCCACCUCUCGCCCUCCCACCUCUCGCCCCUCAUCCCACGACAGGCACAUCUCAUACACGAAGCCGUUCAGCCCGUUCAUCUGGAUCAUCGUGGCCGCACUUUUUCUCGGUGUCUCAACCAUCCUCCUUUGGACAUGCAUCCAGCUCAUGCACGCCUUUGAGUGCGACUGCCAGCACCUAGCUGCCGCCCAACAUGAGCUGCGUGCCGCCCGCUUGGAGGCCGAGGCGGCGAGCCGAGCCAAGGGCGCAUUCCUCACGACGAUGUCGCAUGAGAUCCGCACACCCAUGAACGGCGUCAUAGGCAUGCUGAACUUGCUACUGGAAACCCCUCUGGACGGGUCGCAGAAGGACUACGCACAGACGGCGCAAAGUAGCGGGCGGGCUUUGUGUGCGCUGAUCAACGACAUUCUCGACCUCUCCAAGAUCGAGGCCGAAAAGCUGCACCUUGAGCGCAUACCGUUGGACCUGCGCGCCGAGCUCGACGACGUGCUCGCGCUCUUCGUUGAGAGCGCCCAGGAGAAGCGCUCCGUUGAGCUUGCAGCGUUUGUCGCCGACGACGUGCCCGAGAUGCUCCUUGGGGAUCCUCUCCGAGUGAAGCAGAUCCUCAUCAACCUCGUGAGCAACGCAUUCAAGUUCACCACCAAGGGUCAUGUUUUUAUUGCCGUCCGCGUCGCAACCACCACAGACAACACCAGCGACACCCACCCCCCGCCGCCACUCUCCCCUUCUUCCUCCACAUCCACACAUGGUGCUAGACUGGGGUCCGAUCAGCCUGUGCGCCUGAUGGUGGCUGUGGAAGACACUGGUACCGGCAUCCCCCGCCAUGCUCGGAAGCACCUCUUCAGGCCGUACGCACAGGCGGACCGCAGCAUGGCACGGCUGCAUGGAGGGACGGGCAUCGGCCUCUCCAUCUGCAAGCGCCUGGUGUCAAUGAUGGGCGGAUCUAUCUCCUUUGUCUCAAAGCCAGGCGUCGGCACCACCUUCCUCUUCGAUAUCCUCCUCCACACACCCCCUCUCCCUCACCCCCCUUCCUCCCCUCCUCAUUUUCCCCAAUCCCACACUCCUCUUACUCCUGUCCGACCUCCUUCCUCUCUCUCCCUCCCUUCUCCCCUGCCUGCUGCAUCCCCAGCCUCCCUCCCCACUUCCAUACUAUGCAUCCCCUCUCUUCCUCCUCCUCCUCCUCCUCCUCCUCCUCCUCCUCCUCCUCCUCCUCCUCCUCCUCCUCCUCCUCCUCCUCCUCCUCCUCCUCCUCCUCCUCCAAGGCCCAUCCGCUUGCCCCACCAAACUGCAAGCCACCUGCAGCUUCAGCAGCAGCAAGGGCAGCACCAGGGAAGAAGUAGGCUUGAGUGUGGGAGUGGUGAGAGUGAGGGGAGGACAGCAAGGGCAUGGGAGGGCGUGUGUGUGGUGAGUGUGGACGACCGGCCGGUGCGGCAUGCCAUCACUCUCUCUCUGCUGCGCCGCCUUGGCAUCUGCACCCUCCCCUGCCCCUCCUUCCACCUCCUCCCCCGCCUCCUCGCCCAACACCGUGCCUUGCACCAUGGGUCAUCAAGUCAUGCCGUUCACGUUCCCACGGAGCAGCAGGAGGAGCAGCAGAAGGAGCAGCAGAAGGAGCAGCAGGAGGAGCAGCAGGCGGAGCAGCAGGAGGAGCAGCAGGAGGAGAAGGAGCAACACAAGGCUGAGCUUACUUCUGAACCGUCUCUGUCUGCCAGAUACCUCUCUCACCUUCUCUCACCCACAGCCAUCCACCCCCCUCGUGCUCCUCGCACUGUCUCUCUCACUGCCUCAACAGCAGCACCCUAUGCUCCAGCCUCUCAUACUCAUCCCCCUCCUCCUUGUCGCGUUAAGUCACACACUGCCCUGUCAAACCUCCCACUACCCACCUCUCGGCACUCCAUUGCACCGCAGAAACCCCACCCGCCAUCUUCGCUCGACCCUCCCCCUCCUCCUCGCCGCGUUAAGUCACACACUGCCCUGUCAAGCCUCCCACUACCCACCUCUCGACACUCCAUUGAAUACCUUCUUAACGCUUCCUCCACAGCUUAUGAAGCGCAUGAAAACGCCCAGCAAGCGUCUUCUCUCAACCCUCCUCCUCCUCGCCUCGUCAAGUCACACACUGCUCUGUCACGCCGCACACUACCCACCAUUCAGAGGUCCAUCGGAGCCCGUGUAACCGCGCCUGCUUUUGAGUCGACUAAAAAACGCACACUACCCACCAUUCAACGAUCCAUCGGCGCCCUUGUAACCGCUUCCCCCACAACACGCCCCACACCUCGUGAUCUGUCGCUGGUCCCGCUGCUUCCAGCCGACUCGUGUGCACAAGCCCACUCAGAACCAUCCAGUGACCACUCAUGUCAUCCUCAUGAGGAGCUAUUUCCUCCUCUCGACCCUUCUGCUCCUCCUCUUGAUCCGUUUGCCCCUAUUUUCGACCUGUCUGGUACUCCUCUUGAGCCGUUUGGCUCCCCGGCUGUGCUUGUGGCUGCUCCACCUGUCGCCCCCCUUUCCCGCCAGUACUCCCGCCCUCCUCUCUCCAUUGCUCCUCCGCGCUGCCCUCCUCUUUCCAUCGAUGUUCACUCCUCUAGUGAGAGAAGUGCAAGUGGAAGAGGGGAGGAGCAGCAGGGGCACCAGGUGCAGCAGCGGCAGUGGCAACACCAGCAGGGGCAAGCGAAAGAGAUGGAGGAGAGGGAAGAGGAAGAAGAGGGGGAAGAUGGGGAAGAAGAAGGAGAGGAGAUUGAGGAAGGGGAGGCAGAAGGGGAGGAGGAUGGAGUGAGGCAGGUGCAUCAACACGCUUCAAAGGAUUCUCGAAACUCACAGCACCGGGUGCACUACAGCAGUUUGCGAGGAACACAAAGGCGGGGAUGGGUGGGGGCGGUGGUGGUGGAGGGGGAGAUGAUGCAGCGGCUGGGCGUCACAGCAGAUCAAAUCUACGCUCUCGUCUCUGGCCUGGCAGGGGGUGGGAUGGCAGGGGAAGGCGAGCUGAUGAGCGAGCGAGAGAACGUGAGUAAAGGCUGGGAGGAAAUCUGGGAAAGUGGGGAGAGGAGGAAGGAGGGAGUGGGUAGCCCUUACAAGAGGAAGUCUUGUGACGAGGAGAGGGAGGGCAGCCGCAAAAGGCAAGCAGGAAGGGUAGAUGAAAGGGGAGAGGGGGGUGACUAUGAGUGUAAGCUGGAUGACUGUAACGAUGGGGCGAGGGGCUGCAAAGGCAGCAACAGCAGCAGGAGAAGAAGGUCUCCUGUUCUGUCCCUCUCUCCUUCUCCGACCAUCCCUGCCACUGCAGCCCACCUCUCGCCCCCACCUGCACUCUCUCUCGCACCGUCCCCGUCCAUCCCCUCGCUAUUGUCUCUUGGCUUCGAUGCUGUUAUACGGAAGCCCCUGCGUAAGCCAGCGCUGCUGGCGGCGCUUCUGCCUCUGUUUAGUGCAGAGUCGGAGCAAGGUCAGUGUGAGCAGGCAGGAGGGGGAGCAGGAAGAGAAGGAGGAGCAGGAGGAGGAGGAGGCAGAAAUGAGGGUGUGGCACAUGAAGGGCUCAGGGGGAGAGAGACGAAGGGGCAGCGGGGGAGUGGUGUGGUGCUGAGCCCGUCGGCCCUCCAUAAGGCAGGCAGCAGCGCUGCAGUGGCUCUCUGGCGAGCUGUGAAGUCCCCCCGGGAACUCAUGUCCCGACGAUCACUCAAGUUUCCUCAGUCACUCGAAUCCCCUCUGUCAAUCAAAACCCUUUCCUUGUGUCCCUCCCACUCACCCACCACUCCCACCGCUCCCAACAUUCCCACCACUCCCACCACUCCCAACAUUCACACCACUCCCGCCGUUCCCAUCACUCCCGCCGUUCCCACCACUCCCACCAUUCCCACCACUCCCACCACUCCCACCACUCCCACCACUCCCAUCACUCCCACCACUCCCAUCACUCCCACCACUCCCACCACUCCCACCACUCCCACCACCCCCAAUGCUCCCACCAUUUUCAGCACUCUCAACACAGGGAGCACUGUCACUGGUAACUCUGCCCAAUCCAAACAUGCAAGCCCCAUUGCAGCACCAAGUACGUCACUGUCCUCACCCAAUGCAAGCAGUGGUCACUCUACCUCUCUAUCCAUGCAUCUUGCCCCCAACCUCCGUGCGCCUGCUGCUGCCACUACUGCUGCUGGUCGAGGCAGUGGAGUGGCAGUGAGGGAGGAGGAGGAGGUGGAGGAGGGGGUGUUGGAUGAAAUGAGUGGUGUGGAUGAAAUGAGUGGUGUGGAUGAAAUGAGUGGUGUGGAUGGUAUGGGUGGUGUGAAUGGUAUGGGUGGCAUUGAGGGUAUGCGUGCUUUUGUGAGGGGCGGAAGUGCAGUGGAAGCGGGUAGAGCAGCAGAGCGUAGGGCAGAGAUGCAAGGGCCCAAGGGCGAGAGGAGGGCAGCAAAGCACGGGUCUGCGGGUGAAAGGAGGGGAGCUGUGAGGCUGCAUGGAAGAGAGAGCAAUCAACGGAGUAGCAGCGACGGACGGUAUGGUUCUUCUGGUGCUGCUGCUUCUGCUGCUGCUGCUGCUGCUGCUGCUGCUGCUGCUGCUGCUGCUGCUGCUGCUGCUGCUGCUGCUGCUGCUGCUGCUGCUGCUGCUGCUGCUGCUGCUGCUGCUGCUGCUGCUGCUGCUGCUGCUGCUGCUGCUGCUGCUGCUGCUGCUGCUGCUGCUGCUGCUGCUGGUCGAGUGAGUGGUUUUGGGAGUGUGCGCGAUUUCUCAGGGAUCCCUCCCCUGUAUGCUCGCCCUGCUGACCUCACCCCUGCGCUGAGUGUGCUGUUGGGUCGGUGGGUGAUGGUGGUGGAUGACAACCUCAUCAACCGCAAGGUGGCCAGCAAGCUGCUGGAGAGGCACGGCGCGCGAGUCACCGCCGUGGAUGGCGGCGCCAAGGCCCUUCAAGCCCUCGCCCCACCCCACCCCUACGACCUCGUCUUCAUGGACCUCCAGAUGCCGGGUAUGGAUGGGCUGGAGGCGACUCGCAGGAUCCGAGCGCGGGAGAGGGCUCAGGGCGGGGGGCAUGUGGCCAUCAUUGCGCUCACAGCGGAUGUGAUUGCCGGCACGCGCCACCACUGCUUUGCCGUCGGCAUGGAUGACUACCUCUCCAAACCCCUCGAGGAGGCACAACUCUCCCGCGCCGUCUGGCGCUGCCUCGCCAAUAGAUUUUAA